AUGAUGCUCUGUCAACACCGCGCACAGCCCGCUCAAAGCCAAGCAGCUCUAUCUCGAUCCCAGCCAUCAAUCCUAUCUUCGCCCUCGCGCUCGCUGAACUCCCGAUUCGCAUCCACAAAAUCUGGAAUAGACACAGCAGCCGGCGAAUCAACUCUAGUCGGCGCCCCAGAUAUAACAAACUACUAUACGAUCUUCCCGCGCUCAAUUCCAUCCGGCCCACCACCAUCCUCACCCUUCGAGAUCUCAAUCUCUGAUCUCCGCCGCGAAUUCCUCCAACUACAAGGCCUCAUUCACCCAGACAAAUACCCAUCCGGAGACGCGAAACAGCACGCAGAAGCCCUAUCCGCCCGCAUCAACGAGGCGUACCGCACACUCGCCGAUCCGCUCCAGCGAGCGCAGUACCUCCUGCGCGAAUGGCACGGCAUCGACGUGACAGCCGAAGACGCCUCGACCAAACACGCGCUCGAUGCGCAGACUUUGAUGGAGGUUAUGGAGGUGCAGGAGACUAUUGAAGAAGUGGGUGCGAGCCCGGAGGCGGAGGCGGAGAUUGAGGCGUUGAAGGCGGAGAAUGAUAUGCGUAUUAUGGUGUGUGUGGGGGCUUUGUCGGGUGCGUUUGAUAGAGGGGAUAUUGAGGGCGCUAGAAAGGAGUGUAUUACUUUGCGCUUUUGGUAUAGUGUUGGUGAGGGCUUGAGGGAGUGGGAGCCUGGUAGUACGGAGAUUCGUCUCGUGCAUGGCCACUGA